UCCGCUGGCCCCCGGUGUCCCUGUGACGAGGCAGCGCGGAGCCGCCUUGGGUCGGGCCUAUCCCGUUACAACGGCCCCGGGGCCCAGCAGGGGUGAGGAGGGGAGGGAGCAGCGCCAAGUGAGGCGCAGAGCGUGGCCAGAAUGGUGCUGGAGGGAAAUCCUGAAGUGGGGUCCCCCCGAACCUCAGAUCUCCAGCAUACCGGGAACAAUGGCUCUUGCUUCCUUUCUUCUCCUGGUGAAGGUGCACAGCCUGGUGAAGAGCCUAUCAAGUAUGGCGAACUCAUCGUCCUGGGAUGCUGUGAGGAAGGAGGUGAGGAAACCGAGGCUCAGAGAGGGGAAGUGACUGGCCCAAGGGCACACAGCUGUUACAACGGGUGUCUGGCAAGUGGGGACAAGGGCCGCCGGCGAAGCCGCCUGGCACUGAGCCGCCGUCCACAUGCCAAUGGAGUGAAGCCAGAUGUUAUGCACCACAUCUCCACGCCGCUCGUGUCCAAGGCACUGAGUAACCGAGGCCAGCACAGUAUCUCAUACACACUGUCCCGGAGCCACUCGGUUAUAGUGGAGUACACCCAUGACAGUGACACAGACAUGUUCCAGAUUGGCCGCUCUACGGAGAACAUGAUCGACUUUGUGGUAACAGAUACAUCCCCUGGAGGAAGUGCUGCCGAGGGCCCUUCUGCCCAGAGCACCAUUUCUCGCUAUGCCUGCCGCAUCCUGUGUGAACGAAGGCCGCCCUACACUGCUCGUAUCUAUGCGGCUGGCUUUGACACCUCCAGCAAUAUCUUCCUUGGAGAGCGGGCAGCCAAAUGGCGGACCCCCGAUGGCCUGAUGGAUGGCCUGACCACCAAUGGGGUGCUGGUGAUGCACCCUGCGGGCGGCUUCUCCGAGGACUCAGCCCCGGGUGUCUGGCGGGAGAUCUCAGUCUGCGGGAACGUGUACACACUGCGGGACAGCCGCUCCGCACAGCAGCGGGGGAAGCUGGUGGAAAAUGAAUCCAACGUGCUGCAAGACGGCUCGCUCAUCGACCUGUGUGGGGCCACGCUGCUGUGGCGCACUCCGGCAGGGCUGCUGCGGGCACCCACGCUAAAGCAGUUAGAGGCCCAGCGGCAGGAAGCAAAUGCAGCACGGCCCCAGUGCCCCGUGGGCCUCAGUACCUUGGCCUUCCCCAGUCCAGCCCGGGGCCGCACAGCACCUGACAAGCAGCAACCUUGGGUCUACGUCCGUUGUGGCCACGUCCACGGCUACCAUGGCUGGGGCUGCCGGCGGGAGCGAGGCCCCCAGGAGCGCGAAUGUCCUCUCUGCCGCCUCGUAGGGCCCUAUGUGCCCCUGUGGCUUGGCCAGGAGGCUGGCCUCUGCCUGGACCCUGGGCCACCCAGCCAUGCCUUUGCUCCCUGUGGCCAUGUCUGCUCUGAGAAGACUGCCCGCUACUGGGCCCAGACACCGCUGCCCCAUGGUACCCAUGCUUUCCAUGCUGCCUGUCCCUUUUGUGGGGCCUGGCUCACUGGUGAGCAUGGCUGCGUCCGCCUCAUUUUUCAGGGGCCACUGGACUAGGCUCUCCUGGACCUUUGCUGUCUCAUCUGACUGCCCACCAAGGUCCCCCCUCCUGCAGCCCAGAUAAAGCUCUGCAUGUGGGAUUUUACUUGUUGGCACAUAGCCACACAGGUUGGACACACUGGAGAGGCUGUGACCCUCUCCCUAACUCUGACCCCUACGGGGGUCCCCAAUAUCUCUACCCCAGUCAUACUGAUGGGGCCUUCAGCAACAGCUUUGCUCCUGAUUGCUGAAGGGAAUCCCAGCUCCUUGCCUCUGCCUUUGUUGGGGUAUCCCACAUCAUGCCGCCUACACUGUGCCCUUGGGGGAGUGAAGGGGCUACGGUCACUGACCCCCAGCUUAGGCUGACUGCACUCUGAGCCUGCCAACCCAAUACCAGAUAUUCAUCCUUUUUGCUAUUGACCUGGGUUUCUCUAUAAACCUUGCUGCUCAGCUGCCCUCAC